CAUUAUGACGCGCUGUUGAAGUACUCGUUUCACUGAAAGUACUGGAUGCCUUCGUAAGAAUCCAGCGGGAGUUAACCAUUGCUACGCUCUCCGAGAGAUUAGUGUUUAUUGAGAAAUAUGGAGGAGCGGGACAUUCAUAUGCGCAAUAACCGUAAAGUACCCCUGGCGACGACUAUUGCAGACUCAGUGAAGUAUUUGAAUACCCGGCAUCCUGUGCUGCCCCUGCUUGGUCAAUCAUCACUUAUACGCGCAUGCGCUACACCGCUGACAAUUCUCGUCCUGUAUUUCGUCACCGCUGCUACUAGAGUUACCACAGCAAUAUUCGGAAACGUCAUCAUCCUAGCCUUCAUCAUCUACCUCGUCCCAGUCCUCUUUUCAAGUCUCUCCGCUAUAUUCUCAUACAUUUUCUACCGUAUCGUCACCAGUAUUGCUGCUUUUCUCACCUCGUCGGUAAAGUUCAUCUUCAGCAAAAUAGACUUCGUUGGAAUGGUGUUAUCAUUUGGUAGUUUCGUGUCACCAAUUGGGUUCCCCAAGGCUGUAAACGCUUGCUCCUCGUGGUUUGCCGUAGAAGAAGAAGGUGAAGAUUUACCUGGGUGGACUGUUGACGAACAGAACAUUGCUACUGAGCAUGCUCCAAUCAGCGGUUUCCUUCGUCGGCGCAGCGUGUGCGCGGCUGACUUCUCAGACUCAGAUUUUGAUUGACAGCUGUCUGUUCUAGCUGGAAAAACUCGUAUUGGUGUUAUCUUAACCAUUAUGUUUCUAAAGCUUGUACAUUAUAGAAUAUCUUGUAUACUAACUACUCCAGUAAAUUGUGUCAAAGAGGGUUGUUUAUCCAAUAUUACUACUGGACUGGAAAUAAUUUCUGGAGCUCUGUCAUA